UACGACUCUUACCGGAAGUUUAGCUUUUGUUGUCACACUGGAAGAAAAUGGCUGCUGCUUGUGUGUAGACCAGGUUUGACCCGGGCCGUGUGUGUUGUCGGUCGCUCUAUGGAGGUGACGGUGUGGGGCUAAGGACAGCGAGGUCUGCUGCAAGCGGUCACUCACCCAGCUACCGGUGGCAGACAACAAUGAAAGAAGUUUUGGAAUAUGCAUUGGAUCGGGCUGAGUACAUUGUUGAAAGUGCUCGUCAACAGCCAGCCAAGAGGAGAGCGUUGUCCGGAGGGAGGAAGAGUCUAUACCAGAAACUAUACGAGCUCUACAUCGAAGAGUGUGAUAAAGAACCAGAGCUCAAGAAGCUGCGUAGGAAUGUCAACCUGCUGGAGAAGCUGGUGUCUCAGGACUCAGUGUCGUGUCUGGUCGUCAACCUUUACCCUGGCAACCAGGGAUUCUCCCUCAUGCUCCGCGGCAAGAAUGGAUCUGACUCUGAGACGAUCCGUCUGCCGUAUGAGGAAGGACAGCUGUUGGAGUACCUGGAUGCCGAGGAGCUUCCUCCUAUCCUGGUCGAUCUCUUAGAGAAGUCCCAGGUGUGUGUUCCUCCUAUCCUGGUCGAUCUCUUAGAGAAGUCCCAGGUGAACAUCUUCCACUGUGGCUGUGUGGUAACAGAGGUCAGAGACUACAGACAGUCUGGCAACACUAAGAUGCCCUCCUUCCAGAGCAGACACGUCCUGCUACGGCCCACCAUGCAGACACUGGUCUGUGACGUCCAUGCCAUGACCAGUGACCACCAGAAAUGGACACAGGAGGAUAAGUUCCAGUUAGAGAGCCAGUUACUGCUGGCCACAGCUGAUCCUCUGUGUCUGGAUCCGUCGAUCUCUGUCACCUGUACAGCCAAUCACCUGCUCUAUAACAGGCAGAAGAUGAACACGUUCUCCAUGAAACGUUGUUUUAAGCGUCACUCUCGGGCGGCGCUAAACCGUCAACAGGAGGUGUCCUACCUGGCCACGCCCCCCCAGCUGGGUCUCUAUGACUACCUGCAGAGGAGGAAGGAGAGGAAGCCUGCCCCUUCGAUAGACCUGAAGAUCUCCAAGGCCGGAAACUGUGUGGACAUGUGGAAGCAGAGCAACUGUCAACUCACUGUCCCCAAGGAGAUUGGUGUAGAGAAAUAUGCAGUGGUAGAGAAGUCAGUGAAGUUGCAGGAGUCUCAGCCCACUGUCUGGCCUGCAGAGGAAGUGAUAGAUGACUAUACGUUUGAGUGUGAGGUUGGGGGCCAGGGCCAGAGGACCAAGGUGUCCAUCUUCCAGUCGGUGGGGGACCCUCUGGUCUACGGAAAGAUCUACUGCGCCAAAGAACCCAAAGCAGAGGAGGACAGGAACGACCUUCUCCUCAUACAUCCACCGUUCCUAAUAGGCUCAAAGAGAGAUGCUGAUCGGUUUCUGUCCCAGUAUAAAGGUGUGUAUGAGCAGGAUGUGAAGUGCCAGGUGAAAAUGUCUCAUAACUCAGGCAUCAUGGGACAGAACCAACUCUCCGCCGACCGAGAGACAGAGGCGGACGGUCUAUCAGCCUUGGUUCAGCCGUCAGCUGUGUUGGGGAAGGGGGUGAAACACCGGCCUCCCCCCAUCAAACUACCCUCCGGGUCGGGCAGCAGCUCCUCAGGUAACCUGUAUAGUUCAGCGCAGGCUACCAGUGGUCUCCUUAAGUGUCUUACGCCCCGACCAGGAACAGGCCCCUGCUCAGUCAAGCCCCAGUCUCUGAGUAGGAAGCACUCAGUGGAGCUGGGACAGGGGUUACAGCUGGGGAGGCAGUUAGGACAGGUGGGGUUGUUGUCCCCAGCAGCCCUGUCUCCCAUGGGGUCGACACAGAGAUCGGGGACCCCGAGGCCGCCCACCCCAACCAACACCCCUUGUUCCACUCCUCACCCCCCGACUCCCUCCUUUCCCUCCCUCCCUCCGUCACCCCCACCCCUCCGGACCCCCAGGCCCUCCUGACCCCCUACCCCCAGCAGCUGUCCCUGUCCCAGGCUCUACCCGUAAUGAAUAUCCCUCUAGCCACCAUGGGAACCUCCAUCACAACACGGACCAGCUCCUCUCAGGUCAUGGCUAACCCUGCUGGACUCAACUUCCUUAACGUGGUGGGAUCUGUCUGCAGUCCCCAGACUCUGAUGACUUCCAGUCAGAUGUUGGGUUCUGGUCUCAACCUCAGUGGUCUGGGAGGACUGAUGCCUACGACACAGUCAGGUAACACAGACUGCCUACC